AUGGGAUUAUUGUUCUCUGAUACAUUCAAGCACUGGUUUUCUAAUAGGGAAACAAGAAUACUGAUGCUUGGUCUCGAUGCAGCUGGAAAAACAACUGUUUUAUACAGAUUAAAACUAAAUGAAAAUGUCAUGACAAUUCCAACAAUUGGAUUUAAUGUUGAGACAAUUGAGUACAAGAACUUCAAUAUGAACAUCUGGGAUGUUGGAGGCCAAGACAGGAUCAGAGCAUUAUGGAGGCAUUAUUACCAUAAUUCUCAAGGACUUAUUUUUGUUGUUGAUUCUAACGACUACAGAAGAAUCGAUGAAGCAUGUGAAGCACUACACAAGUUAUUGGAGGAAGAUGAGAUUAGAGAUGCAAUUUUACUUGUGUAUGCUAACAAACAAGACUUGCCUAACGCAGUAAAACCCCAAGAACUCGGAAUGAAACUUAAAUUGAACACAAUCACAAAUAGGCCAUGGAAAGUUCAAGGAUGCUGUGCUACUACAGGUGAUGGCCUUUAUGAAGGUCUUGAUUGGCUUGGCGAGCAAAUCAAUGAGCAUUUUUAA